AUGGCUAGAGUAAUUAGGAAACGAACCAAAAAAUAUAGCCACAACGGCUGCAAGGAGUGCAAACGAAGAAAAAUUAAAUGCGAUGAAGAACAGCCGGUUUGCUGGCAAUGCGAUAGACUAAACAAGCGAUGUCAAUAUAAUACCAAGACAAACAACAGACAUAGUAUGGGAAAUGAAGUUUUCAAGGAUCUUGAAAGACAUCAAGAUGAUAUGGCUAAUGCCAGGAGCAAUCUACUAAGCCCCCUGCUGUAUUUCUCGGAAAACAACUCUGUAUUGAACCAGUCUCUUGACGAAGAAGUUCAGGACUCUCUGCCUGUGCCUGGGAGCUCUAUUUUGGCGAAUGAUCUGAGCGAUUUGAUAAGUCUGAAUUUAGAUGAAUUAGCAACUGUUGCAGAAUCUACAACACCUCAUUACUCAACUCCCGACGGGAUAAUGCUGAGUUCUCCCCCAUUUGACAGUGAGAGAAUAUUUCAGACCAAUGUACCAAUGAGCUACAUCAGCUUAAGUGGCCUGAACCAUUUUUACAUGAAAGAGUUCUACAACGAUUUUUCAAAGAUUAUUUUGCCCUUGCAGGCAAAAGAAAACGGGGUAACGUGCAACCCGGUGAGAGAUAUAUUAAUGAUUCACGCACGGGAUUCAUACUAUCUUCUUUAUGCGCUGCUGGCUUGUGGUGCUCGCACAUCGCAUCGUAAGACUUCUCUUCCUGAAGAUUUGAGUAGUUAUAAAGCAUAUCUAAGACAUUGCUUAACAUCGUUAACUACUGCGAUGGAUCAGCAAUUCAACUCUAAAUUGGAUUCCAUUCUCCUGACGAUCCUAGUCUUAACAUGUGAUAAUGCAUCUAAUAAAAGUCAAGCAUGGAGAGCUCAUCUGCAUGGUGCUAAAGACUUACUUUUCAAAAAAUCUUACACCAACCAGAAGCCACAAUCUAUGACAUUUUUGUUGUGCAGGGCAUGGUAUUCUUCUAUUGAGAUUUUGGCGGGCCUAGUAUCGGCAAACGGCGGCACGUUGCAAUCCAAUGAAGAGCUCGAUCUUCUAACUCUACCAAACGAUCAGAAGGAAGCAGCAACUCUUCGUGAGUUGAAAAUUGUGAGCCCCGAAGGAGUCAGCCUGUUCCACGGAUACUCUAUGGAGCUGGUCGUUGCACUGAAAGAUCUGAUAAAGCUGCUUCGAAACGAGAAUAAGUCCCGAGUGCACUAUAGUAAAAUUAUUGACCUGCUCGCCAGAUUAAAUAAACAGCUGAGUUUUCAGGUUAUUAGUGGAGCCGGAAUUAUACCAGAGACCCACCAGUACCAUCCUAAAAAUGUGAGGCAAGAUAAUUUAAAUCACGCCAACAUUGAGAUAAUAUCCAUCGAUGGAAACAAAAUUGCGGUCUCAUGGCUAGAUAUAGUCCAUCGGUCAUACACACUAGCUUCUUUGAUAACUAUAUCCACCAAACUUCUGAACAUGAAAAAGGAGUGUGAAAUGGUCCAGGGGAUGGUUAGAGAUUUGCUGGACACGGCUUUCUUCCUUGAUGCAACUAACGAUUCCUCAAAAUCUUAUUGCUCUUUUCUGCUGCAAUGGCCGAUAUUGGUUGCUGGUUUGAACAGCAUUGAGGAGCCAGAUAAAAUCAAAGUGGAGACCUUCUUUAGACUUCUAGCUGAACUGGGUUCAGGCUCUGCGGGGUUUGUUCUUGUUAGAAUGCGAAAAGUUUGGCUGAAGGGCUUAAAAUUCGAACAAGAGACUCCAGAUCAGGUCGAUAUAGUACCUUAUUGA